UGGGCCAAGAGCUUCUCCACAGCAUCUCCUUCGAUGUCGCGUGCCACCCUCUGGCCGACCGUCGAGGGUUUUGCUGGCUCAGCAAGGGCCGACGUGGCUACCUUUGGUGCAGCAGCCUUUGUCCUGAGGGCCCUGAGCCUCUCUGCGAGGUCAUCGGUGCCCAUUCUUUCAUGGCCGUGGUCGAGCGUUUAAAGUCAGGAGAGAGGAGCUGCAAUAUCAAGGCGGCGCUCCACUCAAGUGACCUUGGACGGGAGUGGACGGGCCACGACGGAACGGAAGACCGAGCGGCCAGGUCGGUCGAUGCAGGCAGGCAGGCUGCUGCUUUUCGACGUCGAGGCCAUCGACUACGAAUUCUGGCACUCCGCCUCCUCAACCAUACCAUCAUGCUUCGCAACGUCGUGGCCUCAACAUCAUACGCGACGACGGCGUGGUCGUCGCUCUGGGUUUCAGCGUCUACCUCACGCGCGCCGCUGCGCCUCUUCAGCAGCUCGUCGUCAGCUGGGGCAGAGGCCAACGCAACACCGAAUCCAACUCCUCCCUCAUCUUCCCAAUCACAAGAAGCCUCAUCAGCAGCCGGUCCAUCGAGCGCGGCAACAUUGCCCGGAUCAGCAGCUACUGGCACACCUCUGCCAGGGUCCAGUCCCCCUACAGCAUCGUCCUCCCUCUACCAGCCUUCCCAGCGAUUUGGUCCCUCGUCAUCUUCCUCCUUCGCUGGGAGAAGACCGACAACGAUUCACAAGCUGCACGUGCAAACCACACGCAACAACACGAUCAUCACCCUCACUCGCCCCAACGGCGCCACUCUUUACUCCGUCUCCUCCGGCCAAGUAGGCUUCAAAGGCGCAAAUCGCUCAGGCUUCGAAGCCGGCUACCAGACGGCUCUCAACGUAUUCGAGACGCUUGCGCGUCGUCGUAACGAGUGGGGAGCAAAGUUUCGCAAUGAGCCUGUAGCUUGGUUGCAUGUGGUGUGGAAUGGUUUCGGACAGGGCAGGGAUGCUGUUUACAGAGCUUUCUUGAGCUCAGAGGGCGAGAGUGCGAGGGCGAUGGUGCAUACCAUGAGUGAUGCGACUAAGAUCAAGAUUGGCGGGGUCAGGCCAAAGAAGAAGAGGAACUACUAAUCGUCCAGCCCGAUGGAUACGCAGCAUACAGGCCU